CCUAAAGUAGCUUAUUCACCCAUUAUUACUUCUUUUAGUAACUGCAUAUACAUAUGCCCUACAUCCUCCUAUAUUUGCACACCAUAUUUCUCUAUAUCAAUUCGAGCUUCAACCCUUGAACUACAUACAAAUCCAUUCCAAUCUUGGGGUGGAGUUGUGGUGGUGUUGCUGUGCGGCGUAUCUAUUUUUUAUAUAAUAAGAAGAUGGGAAACAGUCUUGGUGUUGUUGUCGAUAAUUAUAUUGGAAGUGUUCCAUAUCCUUGCCAUCUACAGCUGGGACCAUCCACUUCCAUCGACUUGUCCAGAAAUUUGCCGGAGCCGCCAGAGAAUGAUUUAUUUAUGGAGAAUGAGACAUGGAGUGUGACAUACAGAGUAGAAAAGAAAAGGUGUCGUGUACAAUUAAUAAGGAUAUACCCUACCAGCUGGAGUACUGAGACAGACUCCAUCUUAUGGACAAAGAGAAACACUAGUUUUGAUGCAUGGGGGGCUGUAAAGGAAACACAAGUUGACUUGUAUGGGAGUGGAGGCAGAUGGGGUCUUCUUGCUGUCGAGUCAAAGAGAAACAAAAAGGAGCAAGAGGCUGAGGUGGUGACCGUGAUGCACUACAUUGUUAAAAGUAGCGGAACACCUUUUUACAGAUCUACUGGAACGGAUAUUGGCCUUUCCGUGGUGGCAAAGUUUCGAAUAUCAAAUGGAAAAUUUCAGAUAACAGGGGAAGGCCUUGAGCAGCAUCCUGUCUCUUCAUUACUUUACAUGUUUGAUGAAGUCAAGAGAACUGGGAUUUGGAAGCCUACCAUGUGCCCUCAUUGCGAUCAUAAACGUAAGGGUAAAAUGUUUUGGCAGUCUGACAGUGAAGACAGUGACAGUGUUUCCAUGCCACUGCUACCUGCCACCCUGAGAAAUUCAAGAGGGGUCUCCAAUGGUGGAAGGUUCCGGGGAAACGGUAAUGGUAAUAUCUAUGAAGGCAAUGUUAUGGUUUACAAAAGAUGAUAACAGUUAUCAACUCAAACAAGACAAGACAAUCUUGGGAUAAGAUUUGCGUUUUCUUUUUGUUAAUUGACAAGAAUUUGUCUAUGGUUGGAUAUUAUGCAGAAUCCAAUUGUAAACAACUAGUGUUUGUACUUUAUGUUCUCUUCUUUAAUAAUAAAUUUGGUGUUAGUGUGUUCCUUAUGUGAUUAUCUUAAUCACACAAGUGGCUAUGACUGUAUACAUACAAUCCAUUUGUUUAUCUUUUGUAUUUUU